CCGUCCUUGACAAUUUUUGGUGAAGACGAACAUGGACGCCAUUGAUCCGGCGCAUGAUGUCGAAGAGACCGAAGAGACCCACCAGCCAUUUGAAGCUCCUGAAUCAGCUCAACCAGUCUCGAAUUCGUCUUUGUUCCCUGCUGUGGCGAUCCCUUCCAACAGGACGCUCACGGCUACGAUCACCUACGGGGACCUGCCGGGCCCAUAUCGUCUGCCUCACUCCCUGGAAACGCGUCGAGGCAUCCAGGACAGCGAGAGGCUUGCACGUACGAUGCAACUCUUUGACCAUCUCUCGCUGCCUGGCACCGAAGGAGGUUCAGGACGGCCGUUUCCUGAUCUCAAUCUUCCAGGUGGCUUUGUAGUUGCCAAAAGAGGAUCUGCUUCACGAUAUGAAGCCGAGUUCAUCCUUACCAACCGGAAGUUGGGAGAUUUGUUCCGCGAUACUGUCCUUUGGUACCUCCUGCCGGGUUACGACAUCGAGAACAUCAUGGAACGCAGAUACAACAUCGAUGAAAUCAUGGAGCUCCACGUGCACCGGGCAGACGACGAGGCCAUAGAGGAUAACCCCCAUCGUCCAGAGGUAGCGUACAUGAGAAUGCCUCACGCACUUAAUUCGGUUGCACGGAAGAGGGGCGAAUCCCAGCCCGAUGGCGGAGAGAAUGAACACGGCGGAUGGAUGGUCGUGGUCAUAGCGACACUAGUCAUCCUAGCGAUGGCUCUGACGAUCGGGAAGCUGCAUACUGCGGUUCUCGAGCGUUCGCGCGACAUGCAUAUCGCAUGAGGUCAUCCACCUCCCCGGAGGACGACCUGCCAGUAGUAUAGGGAAGUGAGCGUUGUAUGAAGGUUGGAAGGGGUCACACAUAAGAUGAAGGGCGAGCGGGAGUGGAUGUUGAAUGGUUUUGUGGGACGUAAGCGUUGGCGACAUCAUGUAUCGUCGAGCGGGUUCAGAAUAAU